AUGCGUUUCGGAAAGACGCUGCGGCAGGCCGUCUACGCGCCAUGGAAGGACAAGUACAUUGACUACGCGAAGCUGAAGUCUCUGCUGCGGGAGGAUAAGUACGAUGACGACGACGUCGCUUGGACCGAGGACGACGAGAACCGUUUCUGCGACGAGAUCUUCAACACAGAGCUCGAAAAGGUUGCCCAGUUCCAGGAGGAGACCUUCGAGGCCCUGAAAGGCCGUGUCGACGCCGCCUUUGACAAUCUUAAGGAGCUGGCGCCGCCCAGCGAGGAGGACGACGCGGGGAACACCCAGCCCAAGAAGCCCGACGCCGCGACGGCCCAGAAGCUCAAGGAUAUUGAGGCGGAGCUCGACAAGAUCACGACCGAGAUCUCGGAGCUGAAGAAAUACAGCAAUAUCAACUACACGGGCUUCCUUAAGAUCGUCAAAAAGCAUGACCGCAAGAGAGGCGACAGGUACAAGGUGCGGCCCAUGAUGCAGCUGAGCCUGUCGCAGCGGCCCUUCAACUCGGAGCAGGGGUAUUCGCCUCUGCUCAACAAGCUGUCCAUCAUGUACUACGCUAUUCGCCAGCAGCUGGAUGAGGGCGCUGCCGACCAGCAGCCGCUGGAUUUGGAGAGUCAGGGCGAGACCCGUCACGGCGAGCGGUACACGGCCCACAAAUUCUGGGUCCACCCGGACAACCUGUUAGAGGUGAAGACGUACAUUAUGAGACGCCUCCCGGCCCUUAUCUACAGUGAACAGUCGGCCAAGGAGCUGGACGGAAGUAACGACCCAACCAUCACCUCGCUCUACUUCGACAGCCCUAAGUUCGACCUGUACGGGAAGAAGGUGGAGCGCAAGUCAGAGGCCUCUUCGCUGCGCGUCCGGUGGUACGGCCAGCUGAGCUCUAAGCCAGAGCUAUCCCUCGAACAAAAGAUUGUCGGCGAGCACGGCUCGAGCGAGGAGCGCAAGUUCACCAUCAAGGACAAAUAUGUAAAGCCUUUCAUCGAUGGCACCUACAAGAUGGAGAAAGCGGUGCAGAAGAUGGAGCGCCAGGGCCAGCAGGUCGAGGAGAUUGAGAACUUCAAGAACACGGUCAAGUCUAUCCAGGACUUCGUUCAGGAGAACAAGUUGCAGCCUGUCCUGCGCGCCAACUACGUUCGCACAGCUUUCCAGAAGCCCGCGGACGACCGCGUGCGCAUUUCCAUCGACACCGAGGUCGCCUUCAUCCGCGAGGACACGUUGGACAGGGACAGGCCGUGCCGCGACCCGGCCGAGUGGCACCGUCUCGACAUUGACAGCCGAAACCUGUCUUACCCCUUCAAAGACAUCAAUCAGAGCGAGGUCUCCCGCUUUCCCUACGCCAUUCUCGAAAUGAAGCUGAAGGAGGACCCUAACCGCAAGCGCCCCGCGUGGGUUUCGGACCUAAUGGGAUCUCACUUGGUGCAUCCGGCCCCUCGCUUCUCCAAGUUCGUCCACGGUGUCGCCUCGCUCUUUGAGGACUAUGUCAACAGCCUGCCCUUUUGGCUGAGCGACCUGGAGGCAGACAUCCGCAAGGACCCACAAAAGGCGUUCGAGGCAGAGGAGCAGCGCAAGGCCCAGAGGGCCGAGGACGAGCAGGCUGUGGGCAGCUUCUUGGGCAAUAAGGCUAGCUCGUACAAGGUUUCAAAGAGCUCGCCUGCCGGCAAGUCGUACCUCGCAGACAGGAUGGCCGCCGAGUCCAGCUCCCGGUCGAGACCCGCCAACAACGAAGCCCGGCAGCCGUCGACCCAGCAGGCCGACGAUGGCCCGUCCGGUCAGUUGCAGAGGAGCUACGGCACGCUUUCGUCCGUUCUCCCCGGUUUCUCCCUGUCCAAGUACUCCAAGGCCAAGCGGGCGCAGAGGAACCAGCAGCAGCUGCCCGAGGGCGUCGUCGAGCCGACCGAGUGGAUCAAGAACUCGGGCGAGCUCAAGAUCGAGCCAAAGGUGUGGCUGGCCAACGAGCGCACGUUCCUCAAAUGGCAGCACAUCUGCAUCCUGCUGGGCGCGCUCGCCGUCUCGCUGUAUACGGCUGCUGGAGAGAACUUCUUGGCCGAGGUCAUGGGUAUCGUGUACAUUGUCAUCGCUGUGUUUGCGGGCGUGUGGGGCUAUGGCAUGAUGCGCCUGCGGAGGAAGAUGAUUAUGAGCCGCAGUGGCAAGGAUUUCGACAAUCUCAUCGGCCCGCUGAUUAUCAGCAUCGCAUUGAUGGUUGCGCUGGUAUUGAACUUUGCGUUUGCUUACCGCGCUGCUGUCGAGAAGAUGGAGGCCAAGCAGAUGACUGGUGGUGGCAAUGUCACCGGUGAGCCGAUCCGUCAGGAACUCAUUUAA